GUCCGCAGGCGAGUCAAUCCUCGCCGCUCGAAAGCCUUUGCUGGGAGAAACUUGCUACCGCGGCGGCUCUUUCGCUCCCUCGCCUGGCCCUGAUGCGAUCGCUCCCGGCUUGCCAAGCUCUGGGGCAGAAGCAGAAAAUCCUCGCCUUCGGAAUCGUCCGAGAAAAGCCUUCAUCUCCCGGGCGCCCGAGUUGGCAGCCCGCCUCUCAGCCUCGUCCCAGCGCCUCCGCACCUUCAGCCGGCUUAAGGAGUUCAAGUGACAACCCUGUCAGGAGGUGGGCUGAGAAAGAGUGACUACCCAGUCACCCAGUGAGCUUCCAAGGCUAAAGAGGAGAAGCUAAGGAUAAAUACAUUUAAAAUGUAUCCUGAAAAUCUGGCAGUUUUGCUAUUGCUGAUCCUUAGUUUUAUCAGCUCAGGAAAGCUUUGCAUGUGGCGCUCACCUAUUAAUGCGCUAGAAGAAGAAUACUUUUUACUUUGCUGCUCUGAGGGACCACGAGUUGAAGGACAAGUUGCUCAUUGGUAUAAAGAAAAAGAAGGAAAACAAGUGUUAGUUCAUCGAGAGAGCAGAAUUGAUUUGAAUGGGACGAAUUUGCAAUUUUGGCCAGUUGUACUGAAUGAUACUGGAAUCUAUGAUUGUUGUCUCAGCAAUGGAAUCCAGGAGAAACCCUGUAAGAAAUGGUCCUUAAACGUUGUCAAGAGAGAUAAAAACAAUUGUUUCACUGAAGAGCAUGUCCACACUGGAAUAGUUGGAGUAGUUGGGAAAAGCUAUUUUUUCACAUGCAGUGAUACAGACGACAGUGUAAAUGUUGUCGACCUAACAUGGUAUAAGAACUGCGUAGAGAUUGUUGAUAAAAGAGGAAAAGAAAAAUGGCACAUUGAUCAGUUAACAGAGGAGGAUGGUGGGAAAUAUACAUGUGUAAAAACAGUUGUUCAUGCAGGAAAGAGAUACAACAGCACAAGUACCACCCGUUUAAAAGUUAAAGGCACUGAAGAAAAUGUAACCCCAAAGCUGAUUGGACCUGAUCAUAAUGUUUUCAAAACUGAAAUAGGUAAAGAAGAAAUCCUCAAUUGUACAGUGUUUUUAGGUUAUUCGAAGAACUUUGUUCGAUUCCAGUAUGUGUUUUAUUGGAUUGAGUCAGGUGUUAUAAUAGAAACAUGUCAGAAGAGUAGUUCACUGUGUCAAAUGGAAGAAUAUGAAUAUGAUAAAGAUGGAAAAAAACAUGCUGUGAGUCAACUAUGGUUUAAAAGUGUUAAAGAAGAAGACAUCAAUUCUUUAUACACGUGCACCUUUACUGAAAAUAAACCUAUAACACAAACGUUUAUAUUACAAAAAGAAUCUAAUCCAGAUUUACCAGUUCAUGUCUUUACUACUGGAAUGAUAAUGGCCAUAAUGUUUUCCUUUGUUGCUGUAAUGAUGGUGAUUCUCUGUGUAAUAUUCAAGAUUGAGCUUUUUUUAUUGUUCAGAGUUAUAACAGGAAAGGAUGAAACAUUGGAAGAUGGAAAACUAUAUGAUGCAUUUGUGUCUUACCUGAAAGACUCUACACCAAUAUGUGGUGAAGAGAGAAAAUUUGCCCUGGAGAUACUACCUAAAACAUUAGAAGAUCAUUUUGGAUACAAGCUGUGCAUUUUUGAACGAGAUAUUUCUCCUGGAGGAGCUAUUGUUGAUGAUAUCCAAUCAUUCAUUGACAGAAGUCGAAGAUUAAUUAUUAUUCUGAGCCGAAACUAUAUCUCUGACCAAGUCAUGUUUGAGCUAGAGAUUGGAUUGCAUAAAGCCUUGGUUGAGAGAAAGAUCAAAGUCAUAUUAAUAGAGUACACGCCAAAAAGUUACUUUGAUUUCUUGCCCAAGUCUUUGGAACUUCUUUCUUCCAGCCAAGUGGUGAAAUGGAAAGAAGAAAAAUCACUGCCUUUAAAUUCUAAAUUUUGGAAAAAACUUCGCUAUGCCAUGCCUGCCAAGCCAACCAUGUCAGCUGUUUGCCAAGGGGUAACAUUGCAGGACAGACAGAAAAGAACAAGUGCGUUCUGUAUUACACCCAAGCCGUCAAUUGCCUGCUACUAGGUUUUCAUCGUUGUUGCUGGAGAUGGCUCAGUGUUGGAAGUAGAACUUGAAAGACAAGAACAUGUCCCCAGAUGCUCAGGUGCUGCAGAACUGGGGCUGGGGGCUUCAGGUUGCCCCACCUAUUUCAUUAAGCUUGGUUUCAGGAAUCUCUUUAUGUUUUUUGGCUCAAUAUGUAGAUUCCAUACUGUUGUCCUUUUUUUAUAAGAUGUGUCAAAAGGGAAGACUUCUGCCUUACAGAAUUAUUUGCAAAAUGGGGGUCCAAUGUCAACAUGUCAAAGAACAAGCAUGUUUCCUUUGUAUUUGAUUGAUCUUUGUACCUAAAUGCAGUAGAUGCUGAUGAAGAAUAAGAAGCCCCAUGAAAUGCAAGAGAGGCAGAUCAAAACACUGCAACAUCAACUAGAAUGAUGCAGAAGAUGUAAGCUUCAUGAUAGCCCUGUUGAGAGAUGGUUGACUUACUGUUUACAUUGUCCCCAAUUAAUAGCAAGAACUAUGUUUGGAGUUCAGCUCUGUGUAUGUGUUUGUGUGAGAGAGCAACACUGGGAAAAAACACUGAAAGACACCAAUUAUAUGAGAAAUCAUUGAGUCUUGUGUUACUUAAACUUGGUGCAGGAAUCCAUAACCUGACUCAGCCACAGUUUUACUUUUCAUCUGGGCAUUGCUCACAUGAAAUACGUUUAAAAGGAACAGCUGCCAUGGCAAUACUCUACUUUUACAGAAACUCCAUUUUUACAGAAACCCUUAGGUGUCCAUAGAUGAAUAUAGCAUCUGUCUACAACUGUGAUGGAGGACUUGGAUGAGGAGGUUCAAGGACAGAAGCAUUUCUU